AUGUCUGGCUCCGAGGCCCAUCCCGGGAUCCCGCCGCUCUUUACGGAGCUGCCUCUGAUCCGAGAUUCGCUCUCCACCGAGACAACGGACCUUCAGAAUGAAACGGUCACUAAAUGCUUGCCUUUCCUGGCCGGCACCCAGAGCAGCCAACGAGGGACGCUGAAUCAAUUCGGCGUGCCCGCCCUCAAACGCGACGACCAUAUCGCCUUUCUCUACGACUCCCUAGAAGACUACCCCGGCUCCUUCGUUGGACUCGAUGCCAGUCGUCCUUGGCUGGUCUACUGGGCCUUGGCGGGCUUGUCUCUGCUGGAGGAGGACAUCAGUAAAUUCAACUAUCGCGUUACAUCUACCUUCAAAUCUAUGCAAAAUCCCACGGGUGGGUUCGGAGGUGGACAUGGCCAGAUGUCUCAUUGCGCGUCCAGCUAUGCUGCCGUGCUGUCUCUGGCCAUGGUUGGCGGCCACGAGGCCUUCCAGUUGAUUGAUCGAAAAGCAAUGUGGAGAUGGCUCGGGAAAUUAAAGCAGGCCGACGGUGGCUUCAGGGUCUGCGAGGGCGGGGAAGAGGACGUGCGAGGCGCUUACUGCGCGAUGGUGAUUAUAUCACUACUCGAUCUACCUCUGACUCUUCCCCCUGACGCCGAAGCUCGGCAACAUGGAUUGGAGUCCUUCACCAGCGGCCUUUCCGAGUAUCUUGCAAGAUGCCAAACUUUUGAAGGAGGAAUUUCCGGUAGCCCCGGAGCAGAGGCGCAUGGGGCUUAUGCGUUCUGCGCUUUGGCAUGCCUUUGCAUCUUAGGCAAGCCCGAGGUGACCAUAGCCAAAUGCAUGGACGUCCCUCUGCUCCUAUCCUGGCUCUCGGCCAGGCAGUAUGCUCCCGAAGGAGGGUUCGCGGGAAGAACUAAUAAGCUGGUGGAUGGAUGCUACAGCCAUUGGGUCGGAAGCUGUUGGCCACUGCUCCAGUCCGCGCUGGACGGCACCCAACCGGCUGCAUCCCCGAAGCAAACCACUGGCAGCCUCUACAGUCGAGAAGGCUUGACCAGAUACAUUCUAUCCUGCUGUCAGUCUCGAAACGGGGGUCUGCGAGAUAAGCCCGGGAAGCACCCGGAUUCGUACCACACAUGUUACACGCUCACGGGGUUGAGUAUGGCGCAAUAUUAUCAUUACCAUACCGACACUAGUACCAGCUCAAAGGAUGAUUUUGCGUCGGCCUUCUCAUGGAAGUACUCUCACGUUGAUGCCUCGGACGGACCGGCCGACAGCGUCCUGAGCAAGCAAGACCGGUUGAUAGCCGCCCACCCCCUCUACGUGAUUCCCCACCAGGCCGCCCAGGAGAUGCGCUCCUGGUACGAGCGUCAACCAUUUGAGACAUAG